AUGUCAGAUCAAAUUGAUGUCCUUGUCUAUGGGUUGGGAGCAAUUGGCUCCUUCUAUGCCUUCAUCCUAAGUCGCUCCAACCGUGUACGACUAACAGUGGUAGCACGUUCAAACUAUGAAGCUGUUCAAGCCAAUGGAAUUACCAUCAAUAGCGAGAAUCACGGCCAGCAUACUUUCCAUCCACACCGAGUGGUGAAAUCUGUCGCGGAUAUUCCACCCGUGGACUACAUUGUGUGCGCUCACAAGGCAAUCGACCAGGACGAGGUAGUAGCCAAACUACAGCCAGCCAUCGACAGCAGGACUACCAUUGUAAUCAUCCAGAAUGGAGUUGGUAACGAGGAACCUUUCCGGAAGCAAUUCCUUAACAACUCGAUUAUAACCUGUGUGACGUGGGUAGGAGCCACACAGACAAGCCCUGGGAUUGUCACCCAUACAAAAUCUGAAGAUAUGCAAAUUGGCCUAUUUCCCAAUGACAAAGUCGAAAGCCGAGUCGAGCAACAACGACUUGAAACAUUCGCCGAGCUUCUCCGCAACGGCAAGACUCGGUUUCAGGUUCUUGGGGAUAUGCAAACCCAGCGUUGGGAGAAGGUGGUUUGGAACGUAGCAUGGAACUCGUUGACCACUCUCACUAUGGUGGAUACACAAACGUGGUUGAAGUCUUCAGAAGACGCGACGCCUUUUACACGCCAGUUGAUGCAGGAGGUCAUUAACAUCGCCCGUGGCUGUGGUGUCCCAUUGAAGGACGACCUGAUUGAUCAGCUUAUGGAUAAAAUAAAUGCCAUGCCUGGGAUUGGGAGCAGCAUGCAGACAGAUUGCAAGAGUGGACGGCCAAUGGAGAUCGAUGUUAUCCUGGGUUUCCCAGUGCGAAAAUCUCGAGAACUCGGCAUUAAAGCCCCCUUUUUGGAGACACUCUACGUUCUUCUUCGGGCGGUUGAUGGUCGACUUAGGGCUGCGCGGUAA